CUGAACCCAGGUAAAUCGACAUCCGACCGUGGCUGCUCGCAAUCAGUCCCCAAGUCCGGUAUCGUGCCAGUUCCACCUACCACUCAAGUGACUAUCGAGAUCCGUAUUGGCCCAAAAAACUUCAGCUAUACCGUGCGAUUGCCACCCGCCUCUAUGCUUGUCAUUUCGGAUGAGCUAACUGAUUUAUUACAUCAACUGGACGAAGCAGCUGCUCAGUUCGAGUACGAAUUCGUUCGUUCUCUGUCCCGGCGAUUGCGCACAGUGCAGGAGGCGGAAGAUUUGCAGGUACGUUUCUUGGGCAGUGAGUGCUUUUUCCCAUCGUGCCCGUAG